UAGUAGAUCCGCAGAGUUAACAAAUUGCAAGACUGUUUCUUUUUAUUUUUAAACAAAAUAUUGGAGAUUUUGCAGUGUUUCCCAGACUACUGGACAAUCAGUUUAAUUCCCAAUCCGGAUAGUCUGGGGAAAAAAAACGGAUAGGUGGCAACGCAGGACAUACGUCACGGUCUUACAUACGUAAGACCUUAUUUUAUCAUAUGACUGUAGCCCGGGAAGUCCGCGUGUGUUUUGUUUUGAUAUAGUGCUGUUAGUGCUCCCUUACAGGCAAAUAUAUUAUAAAUCCAGGAUGUCUGCAGGACGUUCUUACUCCGUGCACCAUGUGCCACUGAGUGCUGUGGAGCCGUUAGUUUCUUCUCUUAAAGUCUGUCAUUCAUAUAUUACAACUGGCAUGGACAUUGCAACCAAUGUUGCACUUGAUCUCACAGAAACUGGUGGAGACAUAGAAGAUGUUAAUGUCAUGGAAAAAGUUAUGCUUGAAUAUUCUGCAAUGGACAGAGAGCUGAGCCAGUUCAUGACAGCUGUGGAAGAGACAGUGCAUCAGGUAGCUCAGGAACGACCCGAGAAAAUGCCAGAUUUGCAAACUUUGGUGAAGGAUAGAUUUAAUUUCAUGCAGAGUAAAAACACUGAUUCAGAGCUUCAUAACAAUGAAAGAGUUAUUCAGUUUAAACAACAGCUAAAAGAAAUGAGGAAACAAGCUGGUCUUCAGGUGCAAAAUGGCAGCGAUGAAGUAGUUGAUGAAGAGCUUGAUGAAGAUGUAGCAGUGACUCAGAGCCAAACCAACUUUAUAUGUCCCAUCACCCAGGUGGAGAUGAAGAAUCCAGUGAAAAAUAAGGUGUGUGGUCACAUCUAUGAAGAGGAAGCAAUAAGAAAAAUUAUUCAGAGAAGACAACAGCAGAAGAAAAGGGUUUGUUGUCCCACUGUUGGUUGCGACUACUCUGAUAUGUCACUGUCAGAUCUUGUACCAGAUGUUGCCCUUAAAAAAGCCAUCGAGAGUCGAAACAAACAACGAGAGAAGAAAUAAUUUUGAAAGAACAUUUUGUUACCAUUGUGUUUGCUUUCUUUCUGUAAUGUUAUAGAGCAUUACUUUUUUAAAAAUGCAUAUUACUUCGUACAUUUUUCAAUGAUUUAUAAUCAUAAACAUUAGAUUCUACUGUUACAGUUUGAAACAAAAAUGUUACAUCAUUAAAAAUCAGUCUUUUUGGAACAUGGUGUUAUUUAUUUAUGUAGAAAAAGUGAUGUGUUAAUUGCUGACCUGUUAUUUAUGUCGAGUAGCAGUUUACUCCAGCUUUGAUGUUAUCCUCAUUAAAUUGCGCACCAUGUAAUUGACUUUCUCCACAUGGAGGCAUAUUUAAGAAUUUCUUCAGAUAUGCAUUAGAUAUUAAUGGAUAAAUUAAGGGCAUACAGUUGAGAUUUAAUCCUGCUGCGCUAGGAGAAGGGGUAUACAACAUGAAGUAAGAAGCAUUGCGUAAGUGACAGCUUGUUUAAAAUAGUGUAUUGCAGGUAUUGUAAUUCAGAAAUGAAGAGAAAUUAUGUAAAAUUUCACGUGUACAUCAUUCAUUCAUUUGUACGUUCUCUGAUACCCCCUUUAUCCAUUUCAGGCACACAGGAGCUGUAUCCUGUCCUAGCAGUCGCUGAGCACAUGACUGGGAAACAUGCUGAAUAGUAUGCCAGUCUGUAGCAAGAUGCCUAAUUGUGCACUAUCACACACUUGCAUACAUACAAACACACACAGACAUAUCCAUCUACAGGCAGUUUAGAGAAUUACCAAUUGACCUACAACAUGUCAUUGGAAUGGGAGAGGAAAUAGCAGCACACCUGAAAAUAUUAAAAUGACACAGGGUGAACAAAUUAGUGUAACUAAGGAUAUGAUUUUUUUGAGCUGUGGUACAAGCUCUGAAUUGCCCAGCAUAGAAAAGCCUUGCUGAUUUUUAUUCUGGUGGCUGCCAAAAAAAACCCAAAAAACAAUUACUAGAAGAUGGAAAUCAAAGUCUAAACCACCCAUAUUGGAAGUAGUGAAUAUAGUAGCAGAGAUAAAAAAAGUGGAAGUGGAAUCUUUACAAAGGGUAGGAGGAGCUUAUACAGAAAAGAAGUGGAAUUGUGGGAACAAUACAUCCAGUAAUGUUUUGGAGGAGGAAUGAGGUUAAGGGAUGGCAGGACCUGCAUGAGCUAUAUAAUGUUUGAUUGACAAUAACUGUAUAGAAGAUUAUAUGUGGUAUGUAAUGUUUGUAACUGAAAAU